AUGGCCGACAGUUCCCUAAACCCCGAAGCCCAUCCAGCUUCCUCCUCAGACAUGCAGAGUAUCGGCAAACUUAACCGCUCGAAAACUUCUAUUGAUGAUGCAUUAGGGAGCUCUGGCAGGAGCAAUGGCCGCUCGUCGUCGAUCGACUCUACUUCCGACAGACCCAAAUCUCAAGCGGGCGAAGGAACUGAUUCUGCAAAGGCUGGCCCCAGCGGAUUUUCAAAACUCCUUGCUGCUAGGAAAAAGCGCAAGAAGAAGGAGAGCCAAAAGGCGACAGAAGAGCUGCCGACACAAUUUGAAUUGGAAGGGGAGAAAGAUGGACAAGAUAGACCACAUGAACCUUCCGAGGACAGGCCUUCAUCCGCAGCUAACAACGAAGGCCAAAAUCCCCAAGAUGAUGCUGCUAAUCUAUUGACUGAUGACUCUGAACCUGAGCGGACCCCUCCUCUCACUACUCGAAAGUCCCACACUGGUUUCUACACGACAUCCUCACCAUUGAUAAAGACUGAAUCUACGGAUGCGAAUGACACUGAUAGUGCCCAGGCGGAUAUAGAAUCUGCUGUUAGUGGGCCAAGUGCCACUGCCCAUUCUGAGUCCAAUGCGGAUACAGAGCUCUCGAGGCCCCCUUCUCAACCAAGCUCGACAUUGGGUGUCCCAGAAGAUCGUGGCGGUAAGAAAAGAAGCGUCUCACCAGGGAGACGGUGGAAAGGCGCAUUCGGCUCGAGCCAGGAUAAAAAAGAUUCCAGUCGUGAUCGGUCAUCUUCUACCACAAGUGAGGGCAAGAAAGGCGGAGGUCUAUUCGGAAGCAGUAGGAGAAGCAGUACAUCAUCAAAGAAAGGCCCAACUAUAGUCGCCGAGUCUCCUCCGCCUCUGCCACCUCUAAUUCAUACAGACAUCAAGGAAGAGAAACCUGUACAGCCCUCAGAUCACGCUGCUCCAAGCACACCUCCCCGCCGUACUAUCCCAGCACCCCGCACUACGCUGACUCCACCCACCCCUCGAACUGAAGCUGCCGCUAAUCUCUACUCGUCUCCGGAUGUCACCGAAUCGCCUGACUCUUUGAAAGGGAAAGACCCGCUGCCACCGGGCAUUGUCGUAAGUCCGUCAGGGAACAUGAUCUCACACCGGCGUGUACGGUCUGCUUCUUCCGUUAGUCACAAGCCCAGUAAGCUGUCUAACUCAAUAUCCGCUCUGGGUCCAACUGUUGAAGAAGCGAAGGUGGCCUCGAAGACCAACCCUGGCGCCCAACAAAGUGGAUUUUUCUCUUCUGUCUUUAGUGCGGCACAAAACGCUGCCUCAUCGCUAAGCAGCAGCCUCAAUACUCAGCCAAAGACCCGCAGCCCCUCUCAGCAGGUUUCCACGGAGCCUGAGAAUGUCUCGACUACGGAGGGAGGAAGUAGCCAGAACGAGACGCAGGAACCUAGCAAAACCGAACAGAAAAAGCCAUUGGCAAUUGAGACAUUAGGAUCCGGGGAUCUUGACUUCAGCCACCUGGAUAUUGCUGUGCCGCCUGGUGGAUCCGUCUCAACACCCGACGGCGUUGUCAUAACCAAGCCGGACAUACCAUCCGAGAAGCGCAAGAACACCGCAGUCCAUCAGCGAGAUGAAGAGGCCGCAAGGCUUGAAGAUCGACAUGCUGCGCGUGCGGUCACCAUGGCCUAUGAGAAGCCAUCAGAGGUUUCGGUGGUCCCGCCAUCGGAUGAGAGUCUAGAACUACAAUCUACAAGCUCGCUUCCGAGAGACGCCACCGGCGACCAUACCUCUCCAAGUGGCAGCGUACUAGAUGGCGAAAUUAACGUUCGACCUUCUCGCAGUGGAAGCGUACGCAGCCGCCUGACUCGACGGCGUCAUCGAGGCUCAUCAGCGGCAACGGCAUCAACAGCAGCUGCUGUCGGGGCUAGUGCGAUGCCACUAGGGAUACCAGGUGGUAAUUCAAGUGUGCCACGGCUGACUGGGUUUGCUGUUGCCAGUAAAAAGCGGAACAGGGACUUCCAUCAACUGUUCCGCAGCGUUCCUGAGGAUGAUUAUUUGAUCGAGGAUUAUAGCUGUGCCUUGCAACGAGAAAUCAUCCUGGCCGGACGGAUCUACGUAUCGGAGGGUCACAUUUGCUUUUCGAGCAAUAUCUUGGGCUGGGUGACAACCCUAGUUAUCAGCUUUGACGAGAUCGUUGCGAUAGAGAAAGAGUCAACAGCGAUGGUAUUCCCUAACGCAAUUGCCAUUCAAACUUUGCAUGCUCGUCACACUUUCCGAAGCUUGCUCAGCCGAGAGUCUACCUACGAUCUGAUGGUCAACAUUUGGAAGAUAAACCAUCCGGCCCUCAAGAGCUCUGUAAAUGGCACCAGAGUCGCCCAGGGUACAGGGGACAAAACUGAGAAGGCCGGAGAAGAGAGCGAUGGUGGGAGCGAAGAUGAAGACGAGAUUUACGAUGAGGACGAAGACGGUGAUAACGCUGAUAGUUUCUUUGAACCUGGUGAUGCCAGCGUCAAUGGAAGUGAUAGGUCACUGCCGCUCAAGGGUCUCAGCCGACAAGCUUCUGGGAACCUUCCAGUCAAUGGCACAGCCCCGACAACGUCCAAUACAAAUGGUGACUCUCGAGGCGGAAAAUCGUCAAACGAGAACUCAGGUGGAGACUUCCCUGGCCCUGCUACCCAUGGUCCCACGACGUACACCGAUCCCGCAGGCCAGUAUGAUAAAGUGAUUAAGGAUGAGAUUAUUCCUGCUCCUCUUGGGAAGGUCUAUUCUUAUGUGUUUGGACCGGCAUCGACAAACUUUAUGCCCAAAUUUCUUGUAGACAAUCAGAAAUCCGGCGACCUUCAGUUCGAUAUUGAAAGCGGUGGUCUAACCAACGACAACAGGACGAGACAAUACUCGUACAUCAAGCCGCUUAAUGGGUCUAUCGGACCUAGACAAACCAAAUGUAUCAGUACUGAAACUCUGGAUUUCUUAGACUUGGAGAAGGCAGUUCUCGUUACACUAAGCACUCAGACCCCCGAUGUACCAAGUGGUAAUGUUUUCUGCACCAAGACAAAGUACCUGUUCACCUGGGCCGCAAACAACCAAACACGUUUCUUAAUGACCUGCACCAUUGAAUGGUCCGGCAAAAGUUGGCUGAAAGGCCCUAUUGAAAAGGGUGCUAUUGAUGGUCAGGGGACAUUUGGGAACGACCUCAUCGGUGCGCUCAGAGCUGCUGUUGCGCCUCGUGCUCGUGCUACCUCUAAGGCAGGAGGUAAAGGGAAAGGACGCCGCAAGAAGGGAGAUAUUGCCAACGAGGAAGCGGCAGCUGCUGCUGCCCAAGCAGCAAGCCAUGCGACCAAGCAACAGGCGCAGACUUGGGGACCUCUGGAACCCAUACACGGAGUUUUGGAGCCUGUAGUUGGUAUUCUUAAGCCCCUGUGGAACGGAAACUUGGCAGUCCUAGUUAUCGGCAUAUUGCUCUUCCUGAUCUUUUUCCGGGCACCCUCACAACCGUCAAUGUUGUCACACGACAUUGGAUGUCCUGGCUAUUCAUUACCCCAGCGACUGGCCGCUUAUGAGGAGAUGUGGAGAAGAGAGGAGAGCGAGCUGUGGAAUUGGUUGGAGGACCGUGUGGGGAUGGACGGCAUGGUCUUCCCAACUGUCAACAGGCCAGGCGAGUCACGGGCGCAUGAAAGAGCUCGAAAAUUCCAGAGCGGGCGUGACUUCAUCAACAAGGUAGACGAAGACAAGAUGUCAGUGCGCGAGAUGGACCACGCUAUACGCACCACCCGCGAAAAGCUCGACACUCUUGAAAAGAUCUUGGCCAAUCGGAAAAUGCAAGCGGCGGCAGGAGAGGACAAUAUACAUUCGGAGUUGUAA